CGGCGGGGCGGACGUGCACGGGGGAGGCGGGGGCGCGGCGGUCAUGCGGAUGGCGAGGGCGAUCGGGUGGGCGGACGUCGCUGACGCGCUGCGGGAGCACCUGCAGCUCUGCUGCAUCUCCCUCGGCCUUCUCCUGAUGGCCGCCGUCUGCCCGCACGUCCCGCUGCUCAACUCGGUCGGGCGCCUGCCGGCCGCGCUCAUCGCCAUCGCCUUCCCUCUUGUCGGGGUUUCUGCAGCACUUGAUGCUCUUGUAGAUAUUGCAGAUGGCAAAAUAAAUAUCCAUGUACUUAUGGCUCUUGCAGCAUUUGCUUCUAUAUUUAUGGGAAACUCAUUGGAGGGUGGUUUACUUCUUGCAAUGUUUAACUUAGCUCAUAUUGCUGAAGAGUACUUUACAAGCAAGUCAAUGUAUGAUGUGAGGGAACUUAAGGAAAAUCAUCCAGAAUUUGCACUGUUGUUAGAAACAAGUGGAGACGAGUCGGCACACUUUUCAAAUCUAAAUUAUGCAAAAGUUCCUGUGCAUGACCUUGAAGUGGGUUCUCAUAUUUUGGUCAGAGCUGGUGAGGCUGUGCCUGUUGAUGGAGAAGUUUACCAAGGAUCAUCCACAAUCACCAUAGAACACCUCACUGGUGAAACAAAACCUGUUGAGAGAACAGUGGGGGAUGCUAUACCAGGUGGAGCCAGGAAUUUGGAAGGAAUGAUGAUUGUAAAGGUGACCAAAUCAUGGGAGGAUUCAACACUCAACAGAAUUGUCCAGCUGACUGAAGAGGGCCAGCUAAACAAGCCAAAGUUGCAAAGAUGGUUGGAUGAGUUUGGGGAGCAUUAUAGCAAAGUUGUCGUGGCUCUGUCUUUGGCUGUUGCACUACUGGGACCAUUCCUCUUUAAUUGGCCCUUUUUCGGUAACUCAGUUUGUAGGGGUUCAAUUUACCGUGGAUUAGGACUUAUGGUGGCUGCAUCUCCGUGUGCAUUGGCAGUAGCUCCAUUAGCAUAUGCCACUGCAAUCAGUUCUCUUGCAAGUAAGGGAAUUUUAUUGAAAGGUGGGCAUGUCUUAGAUGCCCUUUCUUCUUGUCAGUCUAUUGCUUUUGACAAGACAGGCACAUUAACAACUGGGAAGCUUAUGUGCAAAGCAAUCGAGCCCAUUCAUGGACAUUUGGAUGCAAGUAAUGGUGUUGACCCUUCUUGCUGUACUCCGAACUGUGAAAGUGAAGCUCUAGCUGUUGCUGCAGCUAUGGAGAAAGGAACAACCCAUCCUAUUGGAAGGGCAGUUUUAAAACACUCUGUUGGGAGAGACCUCCCAGUGGUUGCUGUUGAGAGUUUUGAGAGCUUACCUGGUAGAGGAGUUGUUGCUACUUUGAGUGGCAUAAAGGCAAAAGACAAUGAAAAUGAGUUUGCUAAGGCAUCUAUCGGUUCCGUGGAAUAUAUUUCUUCACUAUACAGAUCUUAUGGUGAAUCUGAACAAAUAAAAGAGGCAGUAAAGUGUUCUGCAUUUGGUCCUGAAUUUGUCCAAGCUGCUCUCUCAGUUGAUAAAAAGGUAACCCUUUUCCACUUUGAGGAUGAACCCCGUACUGGUGUCUGUGAAGUUAUAUAUACCUUAAGAGAAAAGGCUAAACUUCGAAUCAUGAUGCUUACUGGAGAUCAUGAAUCAAGUGCUCAGAGAGUUGCUAAAGCUGUAUGUAUUGAAGAAGUUCACUUCUCUUUAAAGCCAGAGGACAAGUUGAACAAAGUAAAAGCAGUUUCAAGGGAGGGAGGUGGAGGUUUAAUAAUGGUUGGUGAUGGUAUAAAUGAUGCACCAGCUCUUGCAGCUGCAACAGUCGGUAUUGUUCUAGCACAACGCGCCAGUGCAACAGCGGUAGCUGUUGCAGAUGUUCUGUUGUUGCAGGAUAAUUUAUGUGUGGUGCCAUUUUGUAUCGCUAAAGCUCGUCAAACAACUUCAUUGGUGAAGCAAAGCGUAGCUCUUGCCUUAACCUGUAUUGUUUUUGCUGCACUUCCUUCUGUCUUGGGAUUUCUUCCUCUUUGGUUGACGGUUCUUCUCCAUGAAGGAGGAACCCUUCUCGUUUGCUUGAACUCAAUACGAGCUCUCAACCCCCCAACAUGGUCUUGGGCAGAUGACAUCCGACAGCUCGUCCACAGCCUAAAAAACUACGUCUCGGCAAAGUUGAAUAGCUCCUCCUCAGAUUGCUCAGCUAGUACCGUUCCUUUGUAGACAUGUAUAGCGGCUGUUAUCUUUGUAAUUUCAUGGCAUGAGCCGUGGGGCGUUUAGGGUGACAGGUUCCUGACCUGAUUUUUAUAGGCUGUACUCGUAGCACCACCUUGUAAAGAAAACAUGCCUCGUUUCAUGCUGUGUUCAUAGCAGUGCCAAGCAUCCUGUAAUCGAACUGUUCGCUGAGGCUUGUUUGGUCCAGUGCAUCGGGUAGAAGGGUUUAUCUGUUGCCAAGAGAAG